AUGUCGAGCUGCUUCAACCCCACAGCGACAAGAAUUGGUCAAACCUUCGCCUACUGUCUGCUAUUUGUUGUGUCGCUGGCUGCGAAUACCUUCAUUGGAAUAAUUGUCUAUAGGACGAAAACUCUGAGAACACCAAUCAACAUUUUGAUAGUAAACAUGGCACUCUCCGAUCUGUUGUACCCGAUUUUCCUCUUUCCUAAAAUUUUUGUAGAGUUAAACACGGCCGGCCACUGGCUGGUUGGCGGUCCCCUUGGCCAUGCGGCGUGUAAACUAAGUCUAUUCACUAGAGAUGUCUCAACUCUAGUUUCAGUUCAGAGCCUGUUGUUGAUCGCAGUGGAUCGAUUUGUAGCUGUAGUAUUUCCUCUCCGUUCCCCUCUGAUCAGUUCAAAGCAGUGCCGGUACUUCAUUCUCGUCAUUUGGAUCAUCGCCAUGGCAGUCUUUUGUCCAUAUUUGAUCGCCCUUAAAGUUGUCGGAGGGGCUGUUUUGUAG